AUGGCCCCAAGUCAUGAAUCCGAGGAGGUGGGCAUGAGAUUACUCUCAGAGUCAGCUCAGUCAUCCCCUCGAACCUCCCUAUCAUCCUCGACGCUGAGCGUCGAGGACAAGGAGGCCUACCAGAAAGAGGCUCUCCAACUCAGCCCCGUCGUCCAGUCGGAGUAUGAAACACCCGCAAGAGUUAAAUAUGCCUGGCUCGGCGCCUACUUAGUGUUUGCGAUGGCAUUAACGAUCCACAAUAAGUUCGUGCUGCAGAAGUUCAACUGCCCUUGGCUUCUCACUACACUGCACGGCGCAUUCUCAGCACUCGGCGCGUUUAUGGUGUGGAUGCUCGGCUACUUCAAGCUAUCAACGCUCUCCACGAGAGACCACUUGAUCUUGGUUGUAUACUCGGUGCUUUUCAGCGUGAAUAUUUUCUUUUCCAACUGGUCUCUUGCGCUCGUUAGUCUGGCGCUCUUCCAGAUUCUGCGCAAUACCUCGCCGAUUUUCACUGUUUUUAUCUACCGGUUCUGGUAUUCGCGCUCCUACUCGACGGCAACCUAUAUCUCUCUCAUCCCAAUUAUCCUGGGUGCUGGGUUAACGGCCAAGGGGGAUUUCAAUUAUUCUUAUCUGGGAUUGAUUGUUUCGGGGAUCGGGGUGGUUCUCGGUGUCAUCAAGAUUGUUGCCACCAACCAACUAAUGACCGGCACCCUCGAGCUGGGAUCAAUGGAACUCCUCUACCGAAUGUCGAUCUAUUCAACCAUCCAAACCGCAGUGAUUGGAGCUUUGGCGGGCGAGUUUUCCGUGUUCAGCCAGGCAUUAUUGGGCGUCGCAAAAGACGAAUCUCCUCUAAAAGCGACCAGUACGAUCGCACUGCUGGUUCUCAACGGCGUUGUUGCAUUCCUCUUGAAUAUCGCCUCCUUUGAGACCAACAAAGUCGCCGGGGCUCUUGCUGUCACGGUUUCUGGCAAUCUUCGCCAGACCCUGACCCUUGUUCUGGGGAUCUUUAUUAUGGGCGAUUUCGAGUUCAACAUCCAAACGGGGUUCGGGAUUGUUUUGGUGGUGAUCGGGUGUGCUUUGUAUAGCAAGGCGGAGCUGGACUCCAAGAAGAGUGUCUCAUCGGUGAAUCGUUGA